AUGUUUCCGAGUUUCCACCCUGGAACACGGUCGGAAAACGAUCCCGCCAACGGUCGAGUGAGCGGGCUAGAGAACGUUGACGCCAGUGGUCAGAAAAACAGUGAACAGUACGUGGCGAGGUUUUUCGAUGGACUGUUGGUCUUCACUAGAUGUUGGAGCAUUCUCAGUGCAAUUGUGUUGGCUGGAGUUGGUGUAGACUUGGUAUUUCACCGACAUCGGGCAGGAUACUAUUUCAUAGGCAUCUCAACGUUCGUGCUGGUAACAGAAGUGUUAUGGGUAGUUACACUCUUCCUACGAAUAUGUAUCAGGAGCGACAGCAGGAUUUGGAAAUUCUGGUCUGCGGUCACGUGGUUUUGCGGCUGGAAGAAAACCAUAGCGUACAGCCCGCUCGGCGCGAUUCCUCUUCUAUGGCCUCACGACCUGUGGCUGUCCUAUGUGGCUGGAGGGCUGCUAAUAACCCUCGCUGCGCUGCAUCUGGUCCUAUCCUUCAAGGACAGGCGGAAGGGUCAGAGGAAGAAGAAAGACCGGCUCUUGUCUGUUGAUAUAGAUAGUUUCGAAAGUAGCAAAUUCGAAGACGUGACCGAAUGCCUGGACGACGGCUUUCCUGAACCGAUCCCCGGCAGCAGCCACUCGAUUUCCGACAGUCUGGCGCACCAUAGGCAGGAAACCGUCAUCGAGAUCUGACCAGAGGUGCACCGCGUACCGCGGAACAUUUGCAGGCGCAUCGCCGUCGAUUCCGGCCAUUGGAGCGACGUCGACAGCGAUGACGUCACCCUCGCGAUAUGAACGGUCUGUUUUGAGUAGGACGGUAUGUUUACUGAGAUUGUAGACUCAUUAUCCCGAGGGGACAGAGUUAUUUACAUUCGAACACGAUCAUACAUUUCCAGAUUUGGAACCAUUGUUAAAUACUAGUGUAUCAGACUGGAAUGUGCUGUGUAUAGAAUUUGUGAUGACCUAGUCCAUUCGAAUGAAUAAUAGAAUAAUUUUAUACCACAAAAGUUUGUAUAUUGAAAGCGUGGUUUCGAUUAUUCCAAAAUUCAAUGCGGAAAUGGUUUUACGGUGCCAAAUGUGCAAAGAACUGAAUAAUUCAGAAUAUUUUCGCUUAGGUACAUCUGCGUCUACACAGUAUAUUAUUAUUACCAAAUAAAAUAUUGAUUAUAGAUAAUUAUACAUGUUUGUAUGUUGUGUUGAAUCAAAAACAAAUUUGGAUAGCAACCUAUUAGAACCCCAACAUUUUCAUUCGAAUUCAAUUAUUUAUGGAAAAAAUCUUAAUCUUCUCCUUAUAUUCUCAGUUCAACAGGGAGGCAAGUACACCUCCUUGCACCCAUUUAUUUACAAUAUCGACAUCAAUAUCACGGCAUUGCCAAAGCAAAGUGAGUAUAUUUUGUUGACAAAAAGGUCCAAAAAGUCUCCUUGUCGUCCUCAUGAAAACAUUAGGGCAAAACAAAUAUAGUGUAUUGAUGAGAUGUCUUUUUGGGAUAAUGAGUCAUGAGAUCUAGUUUCUUGUGCAUCAUAGAUCGGAGUUGUAUGUGGGAUGGAUGUUUUAUUUUUUGGGCUUUGUUCCUGCAGGAAGUUGUUUGAGAUGAAUGGUAAAUUUUUCGUCAAUUGAAAAAUAUCUUCCUCCACCGAUCUCAGAUAUUUGUUGGCAGAAAUGUAUCGCUCAGAAAUAACACAUUCAAAC